GGUGCGAGGCGCCUGCGGUGUCGCCUCUCCGGGAUCGGCACUGAGUUGGCAGCCUGCAUGCUGCCCUUCCCGACCGAGACUUGAGCUCUCCUCGUGAAGUGCCGGCAGCAGCCGCAGCCCCGCUAGUGCAGCAGAGAGGGCGCGGCCCGGCCUUCGCGCCUCACGGCCAUCAGGCAUCGCGGCGGGCACCUGCGGUCCGUAGGCCGCUGUUGAGCGGCGGCGGCGCAUUGCCGAGGUGGCAGUUGGCGGCGGCGCGGGCGGACGGUUUGCAGGAAACUUAUGCUAAUAAAAUAAAGUAAAAUAAGAUAAAAAUGUCAUUAAGGAAAGUGAACAUUUCCAUCCUUAUAGUGGCAGUUGUCAUAUUUUUGCUGGUUCUUCAUCAUAACUUCCUGGGCCUCAGUGACUUCUUAAAACAGGAACUGUCAGAUUCAAACCCAGUAGGACUUCAGCCUAUAGAUUUUAUCCCUGCAGUUCCCCAGAGGCUAGAAGAUGAAAGGAAUGAUAAGGAGAUUUCUGUGGUCAUUGCAGCAUCAGAUGAGCGGCUCGGGGGUGCAAUUGCAGCCAUGAACAGUAUUUACAGUCACACCAAAUCCAACGUGGUUUUCUAUAUUGUUACUUUGAAUGAUACUGUGGAUCACUUGAGGCUGUGGCUAAGUAACACUGCUCUGAAAAAUCUGAGAUACCGAAUUUUGGAUUUUGACCCUCGUGUCUUAGAAGGAAAAGUACAAGUGGAUCCUCAAAAGGCAGACACCCUAAAACCAUUAACCUUUGCAAGAUUCUACUUGCCCUAUUUGGUACCUCAUGCAGAGAAGGUCAUCUACGUGGAUGAUGAUAUAAUAGUGCAAGAUGAUAUUCUUGAGCUUUACAACACUCCAUUGAAACCUGGACAUGCAGCUGCGUUUUCAGAUGAUUGUGACUCAACCACUAACAAAGUUGCCGUCCGUGGAGCGGGCAAUCAGUAUAACUACAUUGGGUUUCUAGAUUACAAAAAAGAAACCAUCCGAAAGCUUGCCAUGAAAGCCAGCACCUGCUCUUUCAAUCCAGGAGUUUUUGUUGCCAAUUUGACAGAAUGGAAGUUACAGAACAUCACUAAGCAAUUGGAGAAGUGGAUGGCACUUAAUGUAGCAGAGGAGCUUUACAGUAGGACACUGGCUGGCAGCAUCACAACACCUCCGCUGCUAAUUGUAUUUUACAAGCAACAUUCCAGUAUUGAUCCCAUGUGGAAUGUCCGCCAUCUCGGGUCUAGUGCUGGAAAGAGGUACUCUCCGCAGUUUGUGAAAGCUGCCAAGCUGCUCCAUUGGAACGGACACUUCAAACCAUGGGGAAGAACAGCUUCAUAUGCUGAAGUCUGGGAGAAGUGGUAUGUUCCUGACCCUACAGGCAAGUUCAGCCUGAUCCGCAGACAUUCAGAAGCCUAUGAAGCAAAGUAGAGUCAAUUUUAAUAACUGAUGGCAUUUUCUCAGGAAACUUCAGGAGCCAAGCAGAACGUUUUUUUUAGCCAGCUUGUUUUACAGAGCAGCCCUUGCCUUCUGGAGCACAAGGUAAUGCGCUUGUUCAGGUGCCGUUCUGAAAGGCACAGUUCCAAAGGAGACUCACUUCGCUCGUGUGACGGAAGAUGCUACUCCAGCAGCACUAUAGAAAGCAAAGGAGGAUCUCUAUAAACUGGCAUUUUCCUUCGUUCAUUUCUGUCUGCUAUGUGUUCUUCUGCUCUUUACUACAAGUCUAGAGGAGAAUCAUUUUGUCAGCUAUAGAGAGUUUCUAAGAUACAUCUUCAGCUGGUGCUUGCACCAUGCAAAUCUUGCACAGCAGUGUACUGUAAUUAAGGGCUGCUUGGGUUUUGUUCUCUUGUUUUGUUUUCUUAUCCUCUGAAAUAAUCAACAACCCUUUCCUGCAUGAAAUCUCCUCCCAACCAUUUUUGUGUCUUUCAUGCAGAAUUCUGCCAAAUAGAAUCUUUCAAGUAUUAUUUCACUAUGCAAAGUGGUUUUAACUGCCAGUGAACACUAAAACAUUUUUGUAAAUAGGUGGAUAAAACUUUAUUCGAAAAUAAAAGCCAAUUUAACAUGUUGACUCAAACCUCGGGUAAAUGGCAAUCUGAUUCUAGACUUGAUCUGAUACAUGAAGUAUGUUUCCUUUGUACUUAAAAUACAGUAAGUGAUUGAAACUAGA